AUGGACGUCGACGUCGCAACUUUCGAGGCUCGCGCGGAGGAGGCGGAGCGCCGCAUCGCCGCCCUCGAGUUGAAGAUAUCCGAGGGCGCGACCGUGCCGGCCGCGCCCGCCGGGGACGCGGCGGCCGGGGAUGAGUUCAAGAAGAAGUUCUACGACCAGCUGGUGGCUCUUCGAGUGGAGCUGGGCAAGUCGCGCGUGGAGAGGGCCGCGAUGAUAAGGCAGGCGGAGGAGGAUAAGGCGAAGAUUGAGAUGCUGGAGGAGGAGAACACCAAGAUGAGCUACAGGAUCAAACACCUGGUAAGGGCGGUCAGGGAGGAGAUGGCCAAGAAGUACCCGGAGGCGAAGAACGUGGAUCGAUGA